UCAAGAAAUUUCCCAUUGAACGCGUAACAUUUUAUCGAAAAUGGAAACGCUGAUGAUACUACUACUAGUUUCUCCAUGGCUUACGUUAGCCAGGAGUGAGGAUGUGGUCAACAACACAGAAGUCAUAGGAAACUCUUCGGAUCCUAAUAAAGAUAUGUACGUUAUCCAUGCUAUGGUGUAUCAAGUGGGUAUCGUUACCAAUAAAACUGAUAAUGAAACUGCUAACAUGAAUUCUACUGGCAACCAAGAAGCUGUGACUUUCUUCCAUACAAAUGGCUCGGAAGGUCUGGAUUUGAGCCAGAUUCCAGCCCCACUUCUUACGAAUGUGACCGCUCAGAGUAUGGUAGGAGUGGCUCCGGUGGCUGGGAACCAAGGAAACGUUACAAAUCAACUGCCUUGGAGUACUUUAGACCAGAUGACCAAUAUGGCACCUGCACCAUCUUCUGUGGCAGCAGAUCCAGGCUCAAAGACGUCAAGCAGAUCGAUAAGAAGUAUUGCCAUCACGGAUGCUGACACACCAUUAAAUAAUUUCUACAGGAGUUUAUUUAAACGGGACCUGGGUGACAAGCCAGUGGCCGUGAACACUGGCUCAGCGGUCAUUCCACAGGCGGCCGGGGUUCAAUCCAUUGCCAUCCCCUCUCUAUUGACCCUGAACAAUAACAUGUCUGAUAUACCCGUGCCAAUACCCAACACCUCUGUUUUACAUUACUCUAAAAUCAACACCCUUGUCACAAAACCAUAAAAAUUCUAUUAUUAUUAUAUGUUAUAGUCAGUA